CGCUGCUGCUCGGGACAGGGGGACAGGAGACGGCCUCCUCCUCGCUCUCUCUAUGUUUAGAUGUCAUCUGAACAAACAAACUGUUUCCUGUCACUGAAAUCACAACAGGAAGAGGUGGAAGCUCUUGGUUUCUAAAGACAGAACAGUGAUGGGCUCAGUGAAGAAGGACAACAGACUGACCGCCUCCCAGAGCUUCUUGUGCGUCGGGUUCGCCGGGUUCUUCAGCAGAACCGUCACGUCGCCCCUGGAGGUGGUGAAGAUUAAAAGCCAGGUGGGCACGUUCCACUGCAAGAGGGGCUUCUUCCACACGUUCCUCCUCGUCUACCAGAACGAGGGACUUCGAGGGUUUUGGAAGGGAAACCUCGCCUCCUGUCUGCGGCUGUUCCCCUACAACGCCGUUCACCUCACGACUUACAGAAAGAUGGUCCACCUCCACAUGGACGACCUGGGCUUCAUCUCUCAGUGGAGGGCCAUAUUGGCUGGUGGACUGGCCGGCAUUGCUGCUGCCCUGGCCACGUACCCGCUGGAGGUGGUGGAGACCAGGCUCAUCGCUCAGAACCGCAGACAGCCCACGUACAUGGGCGUAGUUCACACCCUCUCAAAGAUCUACAGAGACGAAGGACUUCUCGCUCUCUACAGGGGAUUUUCCCUCACUGUCUUAGGUGCAUUUCCCUUUUCCAUCGGAUGCUGUGCAGUCUACAUGAACUUGGACAAGAUCUGGCAGGAGCCUCCUUUUCGCUUCACCCCCCUCCAGAACUUCAUUAGUGGCUGUCUCGCAGCGGGAGUGUCUCAAACCCUCUCAUACCCCUUUGAAACAGUAAAAAGGAAGAUGCAAGCGCAGAGUGCCCAUCUUCCCCACUGUGGGAGCGUUGACGUCCAUUUCAAUGGGAUGAUGGAUUGUUUCAUACAGGUUGUGAGAAACAAAGGCGUUCUCUCACUGUGGAACGGUCUCACCGCCAACAUGAUAAAGAUUGUUCCCUGCUUUGGCCUUCUCUAUACCUGCUUUGAGAUGUACAAGCAAGUUUGCCUUUACCGCAACGGGUACAUCAUCUCACCUCUGAGCUACAAGCUUGCACCAGGGGUCGACCAGAGCCUCAGGCCGUAUGAGCUGCAAGAGGCGAAGCGCUACUUGAAAAACAGGAACUUUGGCUCUGGGGAGUCGUCUUUAGGAAACCGCUGGUGAAGCUGCACAUGAAGAGUUGUCCAGUGGAAAAUGUUGACGGCUGACCACACCUAUCUAUCAAAAUUAGUUAUGAGUCGGACUGAAAUACUGAAAUAACUAAUUGUGAUGAUUACGCAACAGUGUUUUCCAGGUUUAAUGUCUUCAUUAAAGCAAAUAACAAAUACAUUUAAAUUACUUUGUCCUGUCAGCAGCGGUCUACCUCUUUCCAAACUUUAUUUUUUUUCCAGUAUUAUUCGUCAAUGAAUUGUUCAUUCACCCAUUAUGUAUUACCAUGACUUUUUAUAACCAAAUACUAUGUGCCUUGUGAGUUGACUAUUUAUUUGGGGGGCUUGUCUCAGUUUGGUUCCAUUAACAUUACAUAGUGCCAGUCUAUUCACAAAGGUUAAAAUGCUCUUUUAUGCUGUAAAUUACAAUCUGAGCACCAUGACCAUUAUUGUUGUAAAAUAAGUGCGUGAAAGAUUAUAUAUUUUUACUGUACAAUGGAUGUAACAUUUUGUGUAAGUAGGCCUUGAGUAAUCAUGUACAAGUGCUAACAUGGAUUGCGACGGAAGAAACGUGCUUAGAACAUUAAAGUUUUUCUUCUCACUGA